AUGGGACCGAUUCCAGUGGAUCGUAUUAUAAGCAUAAGCAGUGAAGACCAUGCACACAAAGCUGAGAACAUACUUAACGUCUCAGAUUCACAUCAAACGUGGCGUUGUAAAUCAGGUGAAAAACAAGCUACAGUCAUUCUUCAAUUUUUGAAACCGUCUGUCAUUAGUUCUAUUGACGUUGGAAAUGAUAAUUCUGCUUUUGUAGAAAUAUUUGUAGGAAAAUCUACUUCUGACGAAUUUCAAGUACUAUUGGUAACUUCUUCUUUGAUGACAUUGCAUGAAUGUAAAAAUGGAUUAAAUGUAAAUAAAGUCCGUUUCUUUGACACCGAUCACUUAUCUUUGGCAUCUAAGGAAUCAUGGGAUAGAGUAAAAAUUGUGUGUACACAACCAUACAUUAAACAGAGCAAAUAUGGUUUAUCAUUUGUAACAUUUCAUUCUAAAGAUAUACCACAAAAAGAGCCUAUCCAAUCUCAGUCUAUUCAGUUAGGAUCAUUUACAUUAAGAAACGAUGAUGAGUCUGAUGAUAUUUCAUCUGCUGGUCGAUUAUUUUCCAAGCGUAAUGAAAAUAAAGAUGUUGUGAGGAUGCCAGAAUCUCCAGUUAAUCGUCUACUUGCAAUACAUAAAAAAAACUUGGAAACGGGAAAACAUAAAAAUGCUAAUUCUACAAAUAUUAAUAUUCAAACACCUUUAAUGAAUCAAGUGAACUCCAAAUCUCCAAAAGAUUCUGUAAAACCAAAAAACAUUGAUUUAAAUGUUAAAAAAAAUAACACAAUUACAAUGACAGCUGUUAAAAAUACAGAGGUUAAAAAGAAAGAAUCAAGUCCAUCAUCAUCACUUUUGCAACCUUCCAGAAAAAAAAUUAAAUUAAUGAAAAACCCAUUACCAGCAACAAAACCGUUCAGCGAAUUAUUGAACAAUGUUGUAUUUGUAAUGAGUGGUUAUGAAAAUCCAUAUCGUAGUAACAUACGUUCAAAAGCUUUGGAAAUGGGUGCCAAAUACAAACAUAAUUGGGAUCUAUCAUGCACACAUCUAAUAUGUGCUUUUAUAAAUACUCCGAAGUAUCAUGAAUGUAAAAGACAAGGAACCUAUCGUAUAGUAAAAAGUGAUUGGAUUGAUAAAUGUCAUUCAAAUAGAUGUCGAUUUCCGUGGAGAAGGUACGCUUUGGAUAAAUGGGAACAAAAUAAACCUGAGAGUGAAGAUGAAAUAUGUGCACAUACAGAUUCAGUUGAAACUGAUGAUAGUGAUGAUGAAUGGAAUAGUGUUUCUGCUAAGCCUAUACCCUCAACAUCACAAUCUAAUAGUUCUGAAAAUCGGCAAAAUACAAUAACAACAUCACUAUAUGAUUUAGAUACUGACAUUGAUUCAGAUUUAGAUAUUCCUAAAGAUAUAUUGGCUGAUGAAAGCAUUGUACCAUUGCCAUUUAUAGAUGAUAUAUUUCGUGAUUGUUCAUUUUACUUAUCUAGCAGUUUAAAACCUUUGCUAAAACAAGAAUGUCAUCGCUACAUUAUAGCACUUGAGGGAAAAUUCAGUGAAAAGGAUAAAUGUGAUUAUAUUGUUUCAACUGAUACAAAUGAUUUACAGUUUAAGAAUUCUGUUACUCCACAGUGGAUUUGGGAUUGUUAUGAUGCAAGAAAAAUAUUACCGUUAAUAUAA